AUGGCUUCCUCUACACGACAUCUUACGGGACCAGGCAGCAGAGGAGGGUCCAGACCUCACAUCACCGAGACGUCCACAACAUGGGGGAACUGGUACCAACACAUCAACUGGCUGAGCGUCUUCUUCAUCAUUGUGCUCCCGCUCAUGGGCUUCGUCGCGGCCUUUUGUUAUCCUCUUCAGCGCGCCACUGCCGUCUUCGCCAUUUUCUACUACUUUAAUACUGGGUUGGGCAUUACAGCCGGUGCAUAUCAUCGUCUCUGGGCGCAUUCUUCUUACCGAGCGUCCACCCCUCUCAAGAUAUAUCUGGCGGCCGUUGGUGUCGGCGCCGUCCAGGGCUCGAUCCGAUGGUGGUCGCUGGGGCACCGCGCGCACCACCGGUAUACCGAUACCGAAAAAGAUCAGUAUUCCGUGCGCAAGGGCUUCUGGUAUUCCCACCUGGGCUGGAUGGUGAUGAAGCAAAACCCCAAGAACAUCGGCCGGGCCGAUAUCACCGACCUGAACGAGGACCCGAUUGUGGUCUGGCAGCAUCGACACUAUCUCAAGGCCGUUCUCUUUAUGGGUCUCGUAUUUCCGACGCUGGUUUGUGGCAUCGGCUGGGGCGAUCGGGCGGGCGGCUUGAUCUACGCGGGCAUCCUACGGGCGUCGUUUGUGCAGCAGGCCACGUUUUGCGUCAACUCCCUGGCCCACUGGUUGGGUGAUCAGCCCUUUGACGAUCGGAAUUCGCCUCGUGACCAUGUCAUCACGGCCCUAGUGACCCUGGGCGAGGGCUACCACAAUUUCCACCACGAGUUCCCGUCCGACUACCGCAAUGCGAUCGAGUGGUGGCAGUACGACCCGACAAAGUGGGCGAUCUGGACGUGGAAGCAGCUCGGGCUAGCAUACUACCUCAAGGAGUUUAAGCAGAACGAAAUCGAAAAGGGCCGACUCCAGCAGCAGCAAAAGAAGCUCGAUCUCCGGCGGUCCAAGCUCGACUGGGGCAUCCCGCUUUCCCAGUUGCCCAUCAUAAUGUGGGACGACUUCCAAACCGAGUCGGUCCAGGCCGACGGGAGAGCCCUGGUGGCCGUCGCUGGCGUCGUGUAUGACGUGGCCUCCUUUAUCCCCGGGCAUCCCGGGGGCAAGGCGUUCAUUUCCUCAGCGAUUGGCAAGGACGCCACAGCCACCUUCAAUGGCGGCAUCUACCAGCAUUCCAACGCCGCGCACAAUCUGCUCGCUACAAUGCGCGUGGCAGUUCUCUACGGAGGUGGCGAGGUCGAGGUCUGGAAGCGGGCCUGCUCCGAGAAGCAGAAGGGUUUCGUGAUUUAA